GUUUAAAUGGUUUCUUCUUGUCACUAUGUGUAGUAGGAGUAAUAAAUAAUUGGGCUUCUCAGUUCCUUUGCUGACAUCGCCUCUAAUGGUGUCUUACUAUUGAAGUAGUCUCUGAAAUUAUGCAUAAUAUAGCUUUAUAAUUUAUUUCAUAUAUAAGUAGUACUACUUGUUUAUUCUGGGUCAUAUUUUUACCGCCAUGGAUGUUCAAGGAAGCUCCGAUGCUUCUCUUCCUAACCAAAGGUUAUUGGGAAAGGUCGCUUUAGUCACAGGAGGGGCAAGUGGCAUAGGAGAGAGCAUAGUACGUCUAUUUCAUAAACACGGUGCAAAAGUAUGCAUUGCAGACAUUCAAGAUGAACUUGGACAAAAUAUUUGUGGUACCCUUGGUAAUGACCAGAGUGCAUGUUUUGUCCACUGUGAUGUUACUGCAGAAGCUGAUAUUAGUAAUGCAGUUGAUCUUACCAUUCAAAAAUUUGGGACACUUGAUAUAAUGGUUAAUAAUGCUGGGUUGUCUGGCCCCCCUAUUCCAGAUAUCCGUGAUUAUGAACUUUCUGUGUUUGAGAGUGUGCUUGACGUGAACUUGAAAGGUACUUUUCUUGGAAUAAAGCAUGCAGCUCGCAUAAUGAUUCCACAAAAGAAAGGAUCAAUAGUAUCCUUGUGCAGUGUCGGAAGUGCCAUUGCUGGCGUUGGGCCUCAUGCUUAUAUAGCUUCCAAGCAUGCUGUUUUGGGCCUUACACAAAAUGUUGCAGCUGAGAUGGGAAAACAUGGUAUACGAGUGAAUUGUGUUUCUCCUUACGCUGUUGCAACCGGACUAGCUCUGGCUCACUUGCCUGAGGAUGAAAGGACGAAUGAUGCACUGGCAGGUUUUCGUGCUUUUGCUGAGAAGAAUGCUAACUUGCAGGGUGUGGAAUUGAAGACUCAGGAUGUUGCUAAUGCUGUGCUGUUUUUAGCCAGUGAGGAAGCAAGGUAUAUAAGUGGGCAUAAUCUGAUGGUUGAUGGUGGUUUCUCGUGUGUUAAUCACUCCCUUAGGGUCUUCAGAUAGGUACAUGUUUGAUAAAUCUUUUAAGGAACUUCAGAGAUUUGUCAUAUUUCUAAAAACUAUUCUGUUUGUGAAUUUUCCAUCGAAAUAAGCUAUGUAUUUAUUUUUCUAGAAAAGGAAUAUUUGGCUGGACGAGGUGAUCCAGCCGCAUCUUCCAGUACA